AUGGGCGGUGUAGAUUCCUAUCCGACCACGUUUCGACCCGGCCAUAUGCCCCAAGUCAAUGAUCCCAGUGCGAACGAACAUGGAAACCCUCCUAGGACGACUUUUGCGCCACUUCAGGAUUCUCUCUGGAAGAACUGGCAGGCGGGCUAUCCAGAGGCAUAUACCACAACUUCACGCUAUGGGGCGUACACACCUCAAGAUGACAGGCACAGCCAUUACUAUGGAGCCCGCCCUGCAAGGCUAAGCACGAUCGAAGAACGCACAGAACCUGCCUCGCAACCUUCGACCCUUCUGUACCCACAGUGGUCUAGCAGUCCGCAAUACUCGAGCCAGGGACCAGGCGUUUGGGUGGCUGAACCAUUCGCUGAACCGCUGCACCCUGUCUAUGGAGGCGCUCCAGAUGGGAAAGCCGCCCACGGGCUACCCUAUUCCAAUGGAAUUCCCCCCAUUCCCGACAAACCUCAGCACAAUUCGGCCUGCUCCGACCCUGUUGGGUACAUAGCUUGGUUGGUCUACAACGGCAUAAUGCUCUGGCUUCCUUCGCUGUACCUGUAUCGGGUUGCAGGGGUGUUCUCUGCCCUUGACUCGGCCGACAUUCGUUGGAUGGGAUUUAUCUUAGGCUCAAGGUCUCUUGACUCUAUCUUGUGGCGCCAAGGUCGAAUCGACCUACCCCCAGUGUACGAAACGACGAUGUAUACUUGGGAAACAUUCAUCGGGGCGAUGAUAGAGGAGUGGAAGACCUUCAACUUCAUCUCCAGCUUGCUUCUAACGGCCAUCUGGACAGUAUUGCAGAUAGACGCUGCCGCAAAAGAUGGAGUUAUCCGUUAUACCGCAAUCGCGUCGUUAGUCUGUGCCCUGAUAAGUUUGAUGUAUGGCUGUCUUUACGUCGUUUGGUUUGAUAAAAUGCGCAAGCCAUGGCAUGCCUCGGAAUGGGCUGAGGAAAGUAGAAAGGAUUUUGGGGUCAUCUGGAACGUCUGGGUCUUCCUCGCGAUGCCUGCAAUAUGGCUUUGCUGGUCCAUUCUUCUAUUCAUCGCCUGCAUCGUAUCUUACAUAUGGCGCACAAGUACAGCUGACAUUGAGCAUCCACCACUGACAGAAAACACCCUUUUCGCUGCACGGAUGUCCAUGACAGCCCUGCUAAUCCUCGGCUUCAUUUACGGUACUUUGUCCGUUUACACUUUUCGACGCUAUGGCGAGAAAAUGGACAGGCAAUGGAUAGAAGGGAUCAAGUCUUGGAUACAAGAGAGGCUCAAUCGGAACUUGCCACCUCUCCCCAUCGAAGUCUACCCCCAACCAACAAUUCUACGGCCACACCCUCCACGGGCGAGACCUUCGUAUUCAGGCUACAAUUCGACUCCUUACCGCGACUAUCAUCGGACUUCGGCCAACGAUAUGGUUCCACCGCCCCCUACUCCUUAUGGCUAUUCGCAAGAAUAUGAACCACCGCGUCGUAACUGGUAUAGUAGCAAGACGCAAAAAUACAGCGCACCUCCUCAAGGACAUACAUCACCAGGCCGUGAUUUUUAUAACAAGAAGGGGGAAUCCAGCGACGACGAAUAUGAUGGUCCCGCUUAUCCCCCUCAAGGACAUGCACCAAUGGGUCGUAGCUUUUAUGGCAAGGAGAAAGAAUCCAGCGAAUACGGAUAUGAUGGUCCCGCUUAUCCUCCUCAAAGUCGUACACCACCGGGUCGUAGCUUUGACAAGAAGGAAGAAUACAGUGACGAGGAAAAUGUUGGACCCUCUAUCCCUGCCGAAGGACAUGGACCAUCGCUGCGUAGUAUCUAUGACAAGGAGGAAGAACUCAGCGACGGCGGACAUGAAGGCUCCGUUAUCUCUCCUCCGCCUUGUAUUUCUCAAGAAGCAGAAGAAAACGAUCCCCCUAUCGCACUUUGUCCACCAGGGCGCCCCGUUGACGCAGAAGACUGCGACUAUGUUAGCAGCAAAGGCUAUGACAACCCCGUUGUCCGUGCCACAACUAUACCGAUCGCGAGUCCCCAGGCCAACGAUUCCUCCGUCGCUCCUCUUCCACCAGGGCAAUCUAUUCACACAAGAGAUGAUGAAGUCCACAUGUCCUCUCCAGCCAUAUCCCGUAGAACAGAGAGCGAUGGCCCACAUGUCACUCCCCUCCCAUCGAAGCGCUCCGCUGGUAAACAAGAUAAGAGCCCAGCUUCGUCAACGAACAGGCGUCGGCCGACUACUGAAUCCGAAUCAACUCGCUCGCGAAGCCCAUCUUAA